AUGGCCGUACAAGCGCAAUUCGGCGGCCUCGCGCUCCCACCCUACGCAGCCGAGGAGCAGCAGAUGUGGGCGCUCAAGGACUACGGCGCCCUCCUCCUGUCCGCCGCGGCGGCGACGCCCGGGGGUGAUGAUGGCUACGCGGAUGAAGAUGUUGAACAAUAA